AUGACAGCAACCAAGCUACCAUCCCAGCUGUGCUGCCCUCCCUGGAUGCUACCACUGGCAACUGGUUCCAAUGUGCCUUCAUCUAUCACCUCCCUGAAAAUCAACAUUCCUAACAACAAUGCCAAUAAUACCACAAACAUCAUCAACUUUCAUUCCCCUAACAACAACACCAAUACCACUACAAACUCCAUCAACUUUCACUCCCCUAACAACAACACCAAUACCACUAUGAACUCCAUCACUCACACAACAUGCAGUGCCAAAAUUUUCACCUCCCAGCCAGGAGUCAGCCACACUGUGGAUUUCUACGUGCUUAUUCAUCCACAUGGGGGGCUGGUUCCUCCACCCAUCAAACUGCUGCUGGCACCCAGCUCCCUCCCCCAAGCCCAUAUGCUACUGCUCCCUCUCCCAAACCCUCAGCCCCCUCUCCAAGACUCUCAGCUCCCUCCGCUGAACCAACUUGACACUGGCGCUCAGCACAGUCCCCCAGCUUACCUUCCCCCUUCACAUCACCCCCCUCCUCAUUUCACCGGCACCAGGGGCAGUCCAGUUGAUGACCUGGAUGGUGACCUCUAUGAUGACCCUUACGCUGAUGACAAUGGCCCUCUCUCUGCUCCCCACUACCAGUUGCUUGACCCAUUCUGUUGUCAUCAGCCCUCAGCCCACUCCCCCAAGCACAUGUGCCACUAUUAA